AUGCGUGUCAAUCACGAUGGCCCGACUAACAUAGUCGCCAACACAGCAGUCGACGACAUCGCGCAGAACAGCCCAACCGCUGAACGAGAUGGCCACCUCAUUCCCCAACGAGACGGGACAGGCUAUACAGUGCGGGAACAGCCAUAUGGCACCAAGCGUGAGGUCAAAGUCAUCCUCAUGGGCGCUGGCGCCUCGACACUCAACUUCUUGAAGAAGGCGGAAGAACAGAUGCAGAACGUGAAGAUAACAGUGUACGAGAAGAACCAUGAUGUUGGCGGGACAUGGCUGGAGAACCGAUAUCCAGGUUGUGCUUGCGACAUCCCUUCCGUGAACUAUCAGUUCAGCUGGGCUAUCAAGUUGUGGACACACUUCUACUCAUAUUCCCCCGAGAUAUGGGAGUACAUCAAGGACAUCUACGACAAGCAUGACUUCGUCAACAAAUAUAUCAAGCUACAACAUCAGAUCAACCAUGUGGAGUGGAACGAAGAGAAGGGGAAGUGGGUGCUGAGGGUGAAGAACAUCGUCAGUGGAGAAGAGUUCGAGGACGAGGCAGAAUACUUUAUCAAUGCUGGUGGCGUUUUGAACAAUUGGAAAUGGCCAGACGUCCCUGGACUGCAUGACACUUUCAAAGGCAAAGUCAUGCACUCGGCAGCGUAUGAAGAGGGAUACGACCUCGAGAACAAACGUGUCGCAGUCUUGGGCGCCGGUAGCAGUGGAGUACAGAUCGUCGCGAAGUUACAACCAAAGGUCAAACAGCUCUACCACUGGAUUCGGUCUCCCAUCUGGAUCACAGCAGGCUUUGCUCAAACGUGGGCCGGAAAGGACGGCGCAAACUUCGAGUACACCCCGGAACAGCGCGAAUAUCUCGAACGGAACCCCAAGGAGUAUCUCAGAUAUCGCAAGCAGGUUGAGAACGAGCUCAAUCAGAGGUUCAAGUUCAUCAUCAAAGGCAGUGAAGAAGCAAGAGUUGCCCGGGAUUUCUCCUAUGACCAGAUGGCGCGCAAGCUUAACAACGAUGAGAGACUCUGCGAUAAGAUUAUUCCCAAGAACUUCAACCCUGGCUGUCGUCGCCCUACGCCUGCACCAGGCUAUCUCGAAGCUCUCGUCGCCGACAAUGCAACAAUCUUCACGGAAGCUACUGACAAGUUUACAGAACAUGGCUUCCUAGACCAAGCCGGCACCGAGCACGAAGUCGACGUUGUGAUCUGUGCCACCGGGUUCGAUACAUCCUGGCUACCACGCUUCCCCUUCCGUGCACAUGGGAAAGACAUUCGCGAUAUCUGGACUCCGGAAGAAGGCGUCACUUCCUAUCUGAGUAUUGGCGUUCCAGGCAUGCCAAACCAUUUUUCCUUCUGUGGUCCCUAUGGUCCACUCGGUCACGGUUCCUUCAUGCCCUUGAUCGAACGCUGGACGCAGUACAUGUUCGAUGUCAUCAGUAAAGCCCAAGUCGAGAACAUCAAGUCUUUCACCCCAAAGAUGAAGCCUUGCCAACAAUUCCGUCAGCAUGCCGAUCUAUUCUUGAAGAGAACAGCGUGGACGAGCCCUUGUCGUAGCUGGUUCAAGCAAGGCAAGAGGGAUGGGCAGGCGGCGAUCUGGCCGGGAAGCAGACUGCACUUCCUGCACCUGCUAGAACGACCGCGAUAUGAAGACUACGAGAUUGACUACUGGGACGAUAACAUGUUUGCUUUCCUGGGCAAUGGAUUUGAUACGAGGGAGUUUGAUGGAAGGGAUAUCACGCAUUAUCUGGGACUUUUGGACGAUGAAGACGUGCAGCCGAAGUAUGAUGAUGAGCUCAUGAAUAAGAUGGCGGGCUGGGCUGUUGGGAAGUAG